CUAUAUAAAUACUUCUUCUUCUUUGUUUGCAUGGCUCCGCGUUAGAUAGCUACCCGACACACGGCCAGUAUAAUCAGAUAAAGUACACGCUCCGCACGGUAUCUUAAUUGUAAAAAGAAAUUUGUGUAGAUAUAUUUGCUGUUUGAUUUAUUCUGUUAUUGUAAUGGCCACUAGGGAAGAAAUUCAAGAAUAUCUCGAUAUAAGGGAUAAAAUCGAUGUGAGAGUAAAUGCUGUUUUAAAUAAAAAUGUAUCUAUAGAUACCAUACCAGAAGGUGAAGAAAAGAAUAUGAUAAAAUUAACAGUAGAAAUUGUAAAAAGAAAAAGGGUAUAUUUGCAAGAAAAAGAAUUAUACGAGACAGCAAUAGACGAUUAUAAGGAAGAAGAAUUAUGGCAACAUUUAAAAUCGUUGGUAGAACAAAAAUUCAUAUCUUGCUCUUGUAGAGCUUGUUUUUUGCUAGAAUCCUCACUACAUGCUUAUAAAUAUCUCAAACGGUGGAAAAUAGAUGAACAGCGUUACCCGCUGUGGUAUUUACUUAAAGCGGCAUCAAUAGAAUGGAUACAAAGAUUCGAAAUGAGGCACCGUGGCGAAAUUUCUGACUUAUGCAAGAAGUCGUGUAAUAAGACCUGUAGUGUAGCACCUGUAGAACCUGUAUGUAGUACUAGCACGAGUAAUCAAAACAAGCAAAAAAAUAGAAUAUUCUUAAUGUAA